AUCCAAAACCCUAAUUCUUUCAUUCAAUUUCAAAUCUUUUAUGCAGAUGUGGGGGUUUCAAUAUUGUAAUCUUUGAUAAAUAAUUUUGCAAAUGAAAGAAAAUGCGUGGGGAUGUUCUUCAAUUCAAGAUAGUGACGACGAUGAUGAUGACGAGGUCCAUUCGCAAAAUUCAAGUGAUGAAGAAGAGUUUCGCUUUUCUCCUGCUUCAUUGCCCAAGUUGCAAUUCAGGAACACAAAAUCAAAAGGCAAAUGGAAUGAAGAAAUGGGAAUGGCCGAAGUGUUUGAGAAAAAUGGCAAAAUGUGGGUAACAACUGGAAUAGUUCGUCACGGCAAGAUUUACACUUCAAUUGAGGAAACAUUGUAUCUUAUGGAACUAGAAGCCUUAGAUCUUUUAGAUAAUGGUGAUAAGAGUAUAUCUUUAGUAGAAAUGUAUAAAAAGGUUUCUGGUGGGAAGAGUGGAUGUUGUUCGGAGCUUUUUGAAGCUUACAAGCACCUCAAAUCUCUCGGGUACAUAAUUGCGCGGCACAAUGUUGCUUGGAGUUUGAAGAGUAUCAGAAAUUCUGCUAAAUAUGUAGAUCUUGAUGGAACAGAAGAACACAGACAAUUAGUAGACGUGGUUUCCGAAGUCGAGAUUUCUAUUGAUAAGUUAUUUGGUGACUUGAAGAUUAAUGAUUUGAAGCCAGAUUUUGAUGUUUAUCUUCCAAACAACAGGUUUAGAAAGUCUUCUCCCGGUGAUCCGGAUUUUCGGCUGCACUUGUAUAGGGGCCAUCAUCCAUCUAUAACAGAAAUUGAAGCUCUUGAGAGACAAUGUGGUGGCGUUCCAUUGAAAAUUGUGGUCACUGAGGGAAGGGACAGUUUCUUUUCCUUUGACAAGGUUAAACUUCCUGUUCUACCCUGAACUUUUGGUUCCAGUCUUUCAUUUCCACUCUUGGUUGACAUGAAAAGGAAGCUAAGGAUUGCAAUGACAAAAAGACUGCACAAUCGUGCAAGCAAGUUUCAGUAACUGUCGCGUUGGUAGGGUUUUAAAAAAUAGCCACGGUCACGUAAAAGUUUUCGCGAUUUUGGUCUGUACAGGUGUCACGACACUGAUUGCGGUCGUCGCGGUGUAAAUUAACUACAAUUUUUUCUGUAACAUAAAAAAAUGGUGAUAACUUCAUUCGUUGCCGAUACCGUUUUGACGCGGCCGUUUUCGCGGACCGUCUUUUAAAACCCAGUCGAUUGCAACACAGUCUCUCAAUCAGGAUUCAGAAUAUGAUUAUGUAUGUUAAAGACUAGAAUUUUGUCUUUUUAUGAAAUUAAGUAUAGCAUAAUUUUUAGUUCUUAAAGUGUCAUUCUUAAGUGAAAGAAUUGAUUUGAUUGAAUAAAGCCUUGGUCAGUUAUGAUUCUUAGGUAGUUUAGAAGGUGCAACCAACACUUAUUUGAUACUACAAAUUAUUAUGUUUACCUUCAAGGUGGAUGACUUCAUUCCUCUUCCCCUCCUCUUGGUUCUUGGAUAAAAACACUCUUGAUAUGUGAAAUUAUGGGCCAAUACUCAACAGAUUGAGGCAAACAUUUAUGGCAUCAGAACAAACAGUAAUGCGCAAAUCUUCAAGGGCCAUGAGGCGCAAAUCUUCAAGGGCCAUGAUGCAUCACUUAAAGACACAACAAUUGAGGACAAUUAUGAAUAUAGAUUCUUUUAAGAUUAUACAUUGUUGUUAAUGGAAGAUUACUCAUAUCUUAAUAACGAAGGAAUCUGUAUCUUGAUACCCAAGUAUCUAGAAGCCUUUCAUUUUCAAGACCCACUCCAAAAAUGGGAAAUACAAAGUAUUCAUAACCAUAUUUCUGCAGACAAAAUCUUCGAACAGAGAUCAUAUUUUCUUCUCAUUAAUUCUCCAAAUAGAAGAACCUUUUAAUUUCUGAUCACAAAUCAAUCAGAGAAGCAUGGAGUUGUGGAACAAAGCUCGAAGCUUUGCGGAAGAAGCAUCAAAACAGUCACAAGACCUUUCCUUGGGUGCUCACAAAUUCACCGAAAUCAUAGCAGAAACUACCAAGAGGAUCGCGGCACAAGCACAAGCUUCCAUGCACUUGGCUAAAUCUUCAUUCAACAAGGAUGUCGAGGUUGAUCUUAAUCUCGAGAGUUUCGGUAUCACCGAUGAAUUGAGGGAGUUCAUCAGAGGAAUUGUUUUCAACAAUCGAUAAAUGUCUUACUUGCGGAGGUAUAUCCUGAGUAUGCAAA